CAAACACAAAUGUGAUAACGUGCUUUAUUCACAGUGCACCGGAACAACAAGCAUGUACGGCCAACCGAUAAUCGUUUUGAACCAGAAUACGAAACGUGAAAGUGGUAGAAAAGUCCAGUUUGGAAACAUAAACGCUGGCAAGGCUAUAGCUGAUGUUAUCCGAACAUGUCUUGGCCCAAGGUCCAUGCUCAAGAUGUUAAUGGACCCUAUGGGAGGAAUUGUCAUGACGAACGAUGGAAAUGCAAUUUUGAGAGAGAUAAAUGUGCAGCAUCCAGCGGCCAAGUCUUUCAUUGAGGUAGCUCGAACACAGGAUGAAGAAGUGGGAGAUGGAACAACAUCUGUCAUUAUCUUAGGUGGGGAGAUGUUGUCUGUAGCUGAACCAUUCUUAGAACAGCAGAUGCACCCAACAGUUAUUAUCAGUGCAUUUAGACUGGCACUUGAGGAUCUUCUGGAAAUACUGAAGAAAAAGAUAAGCACACAUGUUGAUACCAGUAGCAGAGAUGAGAUGAUGAAAAUAAUAAAAAGCUCAGUCGGGACUAAAUUCAUCAAUAAAUGGUCUGAUUUGGCAUGCAAGAUUGCACUGGAAGCCACUACAACUGUAGCCCUAGAAGAAAAUGGAAGAAAGGAAAUUGAUAUUAAGAGAUAUGCAAAAGUUGAAAAGAUCCCAGGAGGAACUAUAGAUGAUUCCGAGGUUUUGAAAGGAGUUAUGAUCAACAAAGAUGUUGUACAUCCUAAAAUGAAAAGACGUUUAGAGAAUCCUAGAAUAUUACUUCUUGACUGCAAUCUAGAAUACAAAAAGGGAGAAAGUCAGACAAAUAUAGAAAUUUCAAAAGAAGAGGAUUUUGCGAAGAUUUUGAAGAUGGAAGAAGAAUUUAUUGAGAAGAUGUGUAGUGAAGUAAUUGCAGUAAAACCAGACCUUGUUAUCACUGAGAAGGGAAUUUCAGAUCUUGCUCAGCAUUACCUCAUUAGGGCUGGAAUCACAUGUAUCCGAAGAGUGAGGAAAUCAGAUAAUAACAGAAUCGCAAGAGCGUGUGGGGCAACAGUCGUAAACCGUACAGAUGAAUUGAGGGAAGAGGAUAUAGGAACUGAGUGUGGACUGUUUGAAGUGAAGAAGAUUGGAGACGAGUACUUCACAUUCUUAACAGAGUGCAAAAAUCCAAAAGCCUGUACCAUACUGUUACGUGGUGCUAGUAAAGACAUUCUGAAUGAAGUGGAAAGGAAUCUCCAAGAUGCUAUGAACGUAACCAGGAAUGUCAUGCAGGACCCUUACCUUGUACCUGGGGGCGGGGCAGCCGAGAUGGCACUUGCUCAGGAAUUGAAUGAAAAGGCAAAGAGUAUAACUGGAGUACACCAGUGGCCGUACCGUGCAGUUGCUCGUGCGCUGGAAGUGAUACCAAGAACCUUGAUACAGAACUGUGGAGCUAGUACCAUUAGAACACUAACGGCUCUUAGAGCUAAACAUGCUCAACCAGAGAAUGUAUCUUGGGGAGUAAAUGGAGAGAAUGGUAACAUUGUGGACAUGAAGGAUUAUGGUGUAUGGGAACCAUACUCUGUGAAAGCUCAGACAUAUAAAACUGCAAUAGAGACUGCAAUUUUACUGUUACGUAUUGAUGAUAUUGUAUCUGGAACCAAGAAGCAAAUGGAAGCAUUGAAUGCCCCGGCGGGAGGUGGUGCAGCAGCACCCCCAGCACAGCCAAUGGGUCCAGAGGAUUGAUCAAAGAACUCUGUUAGAUAACUUAUACAAUAGUGUUCUUCUUUCUAACAAAAUUAUAGAUGUGCUUAUUUAAAUUUCAGAGUGAACAAAUGUGCUUAAUUUUUUUUAUUUGCGAAAUACAAGGAUUAGUUGAUGACAGUAAAAAAUAAACACCAAAAAACAUGGAAACUUUUUUCUUCCAAAAAAGUAUUUGUAUGCUAAAAGCAUGGCAAUGGACUUAAAACUCUCUUUGUUUUACAGAACAGCUUGGACUUAAUUACAUGUGUGUUCAGAUUUUUGUCUAGAAACUCAAGAAAAAGGCAUCAAAAUAUUUAUUUCAUUUUCAAGUGUCUCAUCAUGAAUGUAAUAUAAUUUUGUAUUUUUUUUGCAAAAUAUAACUUGAAUAUACUUUA